AUGUUCGGUGAUGGUUCUCAUGAAAAUGGAGUGAAGGAAAUCCGGUUGCAUUCUCAUGGUGCUUGUUGUUGUGUUGGCAGCCGGCUGGGGACUGCGUGCUGUCGGGAUGUAGACAGCAUGCGCAAUUGCACUGUGAGUGCCCCCGUGCCGUCCUGCAGCACGCCUCUCACGAGUUCAAGUAAGAAGUACGCUGCCGUGGAGUUGCUCACCAGGCAGCGACUAUACUUCGUCGUUGAGGUGCCUGAGAAACAAGAUAAUAAAACUGGCCAAAGGUCCAGAAGAAGCGUAGACCGUGCGAAGGCGAUUGACUGGCCAAAGACCAUCCGUUCGCCCACGGGGCUUGGUCAACGGCUGCCGCGAUUACGUGCCUGGAACGCGAGCGCGCGGAUGGUUUGUGCGGCAUCGGAACGCUCUUUGUUCUUGUUGCAGGUGAAAUCCAAGGCCCGAGAACUAUACGGCCAGACGUGUGCGCAUUUGGCCUCCCAGGGCAUGCUGGACUGUGACCUCUUCGGGCUGGCGUUCUUUUCCGAUGGCGAAUAUCUGUUCGUCGACCCAGAGAACAAGCUGUCCAAGUACGCGCCCAAGAACUGGAAGGCGUCGCACGGCCACGGUUUAGACGGUAAUGGGAGGCCAUCCCUUGUUUUGUACCUCAGAGUUCAGUUUUAUGUGGAUAGUCCUCUUCUCCUCAGGGAUGAGGUGACACGACAUCAUUACUACUUGCAACUACGUCAUAAUGUCUGUAAUCGGGGAAAUCUACAUGCCUGUGCCAGCACAAAGGCCCUGUACCUGCUGGCAGGGUAUGCACUACAGGCUGACCUUGGAGAUUAUGAUGAGGCCACUCAUGGCAACCGAGAUGGUGGCUACUUCCAACCAUCCGAUUACUUUCCAAUGCAGAUGUUACCGGAAGCAGAACAAAAGAUUCUUCAGACCGUACCGGUAUUGCACCAAGGAAAUCGCGGCAUUAGCAAAUCCCAAGCUCACCAACAGUACAUACAAGAGGCUUCUUCUACUGAGAAGACACCUCUUACCCACAACACACAUCUCUAUCGACUCAAACAGAAGAAACAGGAAUUGGGAUCGGGGUCGGUAUGGCUGGCCAUCUGCUCCAAGGGCAUUCACCUCUAUUCAGAGGAUUCAGCUUUGACAGCUACUUUCUUGUGGUCCAAUAUCGGCAAAGUCUGUUUUGAGAGGAAGAAGUUUCAAAUUUUAUCUCGUAACUGGCCUGAAUCAGGUCAAAAAUUAACAUAUUUCACCAGCAGCGAUGAGAAGAGUAGACACCUAUUCUUCUUGUGCUGCAUCACCCAUCAAUUUAGCAUGAGCUUACAAACCCGCCUCAAUGAAGUACGUCGACGAGAAGAAGAAGAAAAAAAGAGGUAUCGUGAUUCGUACAUGUACUCACGAAGCCUGGGACCAAGUGAUUUUCCAAAGUUAAGUGCCAAUUACAAAGGACAUCACAGCGAUCAACGUAUUUCAGUUAUCAGCAAUACAUCAUCCAACACAACAUCAGGGAUAGUAUCAGAUCGUGUACAAAGUCUUGAUGAAAGUGAAGAUGAUCUUGAAAUAGAAAUAAUGAUAAAUUCUCCACCAGCACCAUCUGUAGAAUCAUUAGCAUUAGCUCAUCUUAGAGAUGCACCUGAUGCUGUUCUUCACAGUCCAGAUGGAAUUGAAGGAGAAGCUCUUCCGCCUCCAUCAAACAAUAACACUGGGGCUCCUAAAACAUCUCCCAGCAGCAGCAGUAGCAGCACCGGCAGUGCAGGACCUGUUGCUGGAGGAAGUGCUGGAAGUACUGGAAGCACUGGUCCCACUGUGGAAGGAUCAGCUACUCCAGCAACAACAGAUGGCAGUCAGUGUUCUAGUUCUUGCUCUACUGUAGUUGUAGCUCCAACUGUGGCAACUCCAUUGACAGUAGUUACUUCUGGAGAAGUAGAAAAUACAGUUCCUGCAGAGCAGGAUGUGGUUACUUCUCCUGGGGUAGAACACAUCACUACAGGAGAGAGUGUUCGUCGUCGUGCCAGCACAAGUUCUAGCCUUGAGUUAGGAUACAGCCAUACUGCUCAAAACUCUGCUCUUUCUGAUUCAGCUAGCACGUGCCCUGAACUGGAUUAUUCAGUACAAAGUGCACAUGCCAGCAGUGGAAUUUAUACAUUGCGCAGUAGUUGUGCUACUACAGCCGACACGCAUGCUGGCUCCUCCGAGACUAGUGGUGUAUAUGCUGUGUGUAGUACAGACAGUGCCAGCGGUCGAGCAUCUUACCCUGGAACCGCUGCAUCCAUAGAUUCUGAUUCACGAGGCCGUAGUGGGAGCUGCAGUGCUGGUUCUGUUGUCAGUGUGUCAGGCAGCUUUCGUGGCGAUGGCAGUGAUCCUACUGAACCUGGAGCACGUAGUCCCCUCACUGCAGCUGAACUUUCUGAUUUGAUUUGUGGCAGUGGAAGUGGUGGUGGUAGUCAUCACAGUGGUGUCUAUCCAUCUCGCGCAACCAUUAGCACUACGCUUGAUUCAGAUUCAGACUAUGUGACAUUGCCUCCAAAUAUACCACCACCUCCAAUACCACCUCCGCGUUCUGACAGUGAAGCAAAUUAUGUGCUUUUGGAACCAGCUUCUAACAUGCGACAACCACCAAGGCCCAGGGAGAUAUGUACUCCAGCUCCCCCUCCACCACCGUACAAUGCUCCUCACAUCAAAACCACAGUUCCAAUAACAAGCAAACUUGAACUCUCUAAAUCUCAACAGAACUUGCUUUCACAACAAGAACAGCUCUUAAAACAGCCUCCAGCGUCUCUGUAUACACACCUUCCUCUUCCAACUGAAGAAGCAAAUGCAAGAUUUAUAACCACCAAGCCAAAUAUUAAUAUUCUGAAAGCACAUACAAGCAUUGUACCACCCACAGCAGCUCCAAGCUUUGCAGCCCCUACUCUUACUUACCAGACAUCUAAUAAUCGUGAAAGAGAACAACAACAAUUGAUACUUCAACAGCAACAACAAUUACUACAGCAGCAACAGCAACAACUACUGCAGCAGCAAGAGCAGCAACAACAACUCAUUCAGCAGCAACAGCAACAAUUGCUUCAACAGCAACAAUUAUUGGAGCAGCAACAGCAGCAGCUACGUCUAUAUGCACCUGGAGAUGCACACACUCAUCCUCCAACACAUCCAAAGACUGUGGGAAACAUUACUUCUCGGAGUGUACCAGUCCCACAACCACAUCCGUAUCUUGGUUUGCCAGAUCCUGGAACUAAAAUGAAGCCUGUCCAAGCACAAAAUCUGGUCCCAAUUAUCGGGAAAAACAACUAUCUAGAUAUCCACGCUUCAAGGAACAGUGCUGGUGCAUCAUCAAAUGCCUGUAUAUUGCAGCAGUCAAUUUCAUUGCCAUCUGCUACCGCUUUCCAGGUACAGCCUCAUCGCCAGUUUUCUCCACCUCCACCACCACCAACUGCACAUGCAAGGCAGCCACCACCACCACCACCUACUCCAGCAAAUCCUGCUCAGAGCUUAUCCACAGUGUACACAUCACAGGUGGCCCAGAGUCAAAUUGAUCUCUUCAAGAAGCAAAUGUAUUCUGAUGUAGAUUACGUAGUGUAUCCUAUGAAGGACCCCAACAUUAGUAAGCAAGAGUACAUGGAUGCUAAACAAAGUUCUCUUAUUGCAAAUUCUCCAGCACAUUUUUCAUCUCCUGCUGCCCCUCCUCCUCCAUAUCCUGUGCAUCAUUCUAGUCCUAAAACCAAUUACAUAUACCGUAGCACACCCAAUGUUGCUAUGUCUGGAGCAAUGACUGGGUACCUCUCAGUUGGACUGAAUAAUUCUCUUAUCCCAUCAUCAGUCAAGUAUGCUUCAAAUCAGAACCUUUCAACUGAUUUAUCAUUUGCUGGGUACAACCUUGGUGCAAAUAGAUACUCAGCCUCCACAUCUCCACUGUAUUCAGCUGCUGGAUCUCAUUCAUCAUCCUCCACACAAAGCUUACGUUGCGAUCCAUCAGCCCAGCAGCAGUUGCAGUACUCUGAGCUUCUGCAUCAGCUGCGUAUGACUUCAAUUCACUCACCACCAUCAAGCUUUAGCCGUGCACGUUCAGAUGAUAACAUUUUAAAUUCAUACACUGAAAAACCAAUGGUUGCAAUGGUUGAGAUGCCAACAUAUCAUCGCCAGCCACCUCCACCUCCUCCACCUCCAUAUGAACAACAUAUGAGGGAGAAAGCAGUGCCAGUACCACAAUCAUCUCAACUUCAACCUGUAGCAAUACAGCAGACAACUACAGAUGUACCUGAUGCAUCCCUGACUGCAACUGGUGUUGAAGGUGAUGGAAUGUUAGAUAUCCGCACAUUGAGAGAAAAGAGCAAGAAUCUUGACUUGCCCCUCAUAUCAGCUUUGUGCAACGAUCGUUCUCUGAUAAAACAGACAAAUGCAUUUGUUAUGCCACAGCAUCCUUCCAAUGGGAAAAAAGUCUCAGGUUCAGACAGACCACAGUCACACAUCUCUGCUUCAAAAGGUUGCUCUGCUUCCAAGAAAGAAUUAUCAACUGCUACUGAAGUGAAGACACUUCUAGAAGGAAAAUCCCACCAGAAAGGAUCAUCUUUGUUUGGAUCGUUAUUACCAAAUAAAGCUGGAAGCAAACAUUCGAGUUACUCCUGUAGCAAUAAGCUCAAAUAUCCCGUUUCUGGUCUGUCUACUACCCAGAUUUCUAAGCCACAACGGAAAUCAUCAGCUAGUACAACUCAUACUCAUCCACACCAUGAUAAGUUGAAAGUUGUUCAAGCACAGCCAUGUAAUAAUACAAAGAAUAUGAACAAGUGUUCAGUUUUGUCUGGGGACAGUAUGAGGAGUGUGGAUGGAAUAGGAACUGGAUUAGCUUUGGGAACAUUAGCUGUGAAGGGUACAGCAGGUGUCUCUCCUGUUAAACUAAAUGCAGCAUCAGGAACAGGUGUUAGACCCCCAGUGCCAAACCCAGCAACUGGUGUGGCACGCAUUAUUGCAGCAAAAUCCAAGGACACUGUGUCAUAAUAAAGUGCCUAUGGAACUGGACUAAUUGGUCAAUUUUUUUAAAUUGGCCCUUAUAUUUUUGUGGAGUGUGUGCAAAGAAUUUCAAGAAAGAUCCACAUUCAAGAACACUUUGAAAGUUUGGGAAGAAUUUUGAGGCUACAUAAUAUUACAUAAUAUUUGCAUUCUGAUGUUUUAUUGAAAAAUAAAUCAGAUUGCAGAAUCUAAUUUUAAAAUAAUUACAGCUAUGUUGAUAUAAGUGAACCAUUGUAAAAUUCAUGAGCAUAUGUAUGUCACAAGAUAGAGAAUGUCAUUAUUAGUAGGUCAUGUUACAUAUAGCAUUGCAUUUUCAGGAGCGAGUGUGGAAACAUCCCAGAUUUAAUUACCCCCCCCCCCCUAUUAUUAUUAAUUUUAUUAUUAUUAUUGCUGAAAAGCAUGCAGUAUAAUUUCAGUAAAGCAAAAGUGAAAAUGAAAUGAAAUUAUGAAGUGUAUGAGCUGUAUGAAUAUAUAACUUGUGAUCAUUAAAUGUGAUUCAUACAUUUUUUGUUCAAAAUAUGUGAAUCAACAUUUAGUCAACACAAGAUUUUACCAAGGAUAUAUAUCACACUUGAGACUGUCUAAUAAAUGACAGAGAAGGCAUUAUGUAUUGAUAAUCAAUGCAUUUCUAAUUAACACAUCUUGUGAAUUAACUUAAUUGAUAAAAUAGAAUUUAAAACUAUGACUGAGGCAUAAAACUAAUCUCUCUGCAUCAUGUAAGCAUUUUUAACUCAUUGAAUUGUAACAGAUCUACAAUUCCAUCUUGUAAUACUUAAAGGAGAUAUGUUGCAAGACUGGCCACCUAUCUUUAAUUUUAAUAAUGAAUUUAAUGUUUUGGAGUUUGGCCUAAGAUACCUCUUACACUUUGCUUUUCCUGGUGGAAGAUAUUCUUAAUGGAUGAAGUUUUAAGAUUGUUAAUAAACUCAUCUUACUAUUUUCCCCUCUUUCCAUUAAGGCUAUAUGAUGUUAUAUGUACGUGUAAAUAGUCAUUCAUAAAAAAUGCUAAAUAGUAACUUCUUAUGGUUGGAGAUGUUCAAGUAGUUUAUUACAGAAUAUAAAUUUUUUGUACAGAUUUAGAGAACACUCCAUCCUCAAGAUAUUCUUUUGCAAAAUAAUUAUACUAAUUGUUAAAAUGACUUCUUGAAGACAGGUGAGCCACUUUUGCAACCAAGAUAUGAAUUGUGUCUUUUGUGCUACUUUCCUGUUUCUUAUUGUGUUGAAGGUUCCCCAUUUGGCACAGUAACCCACCGAUUGAAACUGUCUGAUGCUUUCAGAUGUAAUGCUGCAUUUGUUCAAAUAUCUCAAUUGUUAAUUUUCUUACAUCAACAUAAAAAUUUUCAAGAAAGUAAUUUGUCAUCAAGUUCCACGAAGUUACCAAAACAAAACAAAAAUAAUUCUACAUUAAUUGUAGAAUAAAAAAACUGUAUAAUAUUCAGUGUUCUGAAU